AUGAGUAAUAUUUAUCAACAACAACCUCCAACUAGUGGAAAAGUAAUAUUAAUAACAACCAUUGGAGAUAUUGACAUAGAAAUAUGGGCAAAUGAAACACCAAAAACAUGUCGUAAUUUCAUUUAAUUAUGUCUAGAAGGAUAUUAUGAUAAUACAAUAUUUCAUAGAUUAAUACCAAAAUUUAUAAUAUAAGGUGGCGACCCAACAAAUACUGGUACAGGUGGUGAAAGUAUAUAUGGUGGUACAUUUUAAGAUGAAUUUCAUUAAAGAUUAAAAUUUUCUCAUAGAGGAAUUCUAGGAAUGGUUAACGAAGAAGGAAAGCCUAAUUCGAAUAGAAGUUAAUUUUUUAUAACUUUCGACUAAUGUAGUUGGUUAGAUAAGAAAAAUACCGUAUUUGGUAAAGUUACAGGAAAUUCAAUAUAUAAUUUAAUGAAUUUAUAGGAAUUAUAAACUGAUAAAAACGACCGACCAAUUAAUCCUCCUAAAAUAAUAAAAACAAAAGUUGUUGUGAACCCUUUUUAGGAUAUUACAGUUAGAAAAGAUGAAGAAAUAUAUAAAGAAGUAGAAAAUUUAAAUAAUAAAAAAGAAGAAAAAAUAACUUAAAUAAAAAAAAAUUAAAUUUAAAAAAAAAAUCUAUUGUCUUUUUAAGAAGAAGAAUAAGAAGAAGAAGAUUUUGAAAAAGAAGAAGAUUAGGAAUAAGAAUAAUUUUAAGAAAAAAAAAGAUUCCAAAUAUUCAUGAUAUAGUACAAAAUGAGAAAUUAAGUAAAUAACCAAUCGUUAAUAUAAAUGAAUUCUAAGAAAAAAAAAAGAAGAAUUAAAAAAAAAUAACUUCAAUAAAAGAUUAAAUAAGUAGAAAAUAAUAAUGAAGAUGAAUAUGAUAAUGUAGAUAAUAAUAAUAAUUAAUUAUAUAAAGAAGAUGUUAUUUAAAAAAACUUUUUAUUUAAGAAAAUAAAGAAAUAGGUACUAAACUUGCUUAAGAAAAUCAAAAUUUAACCACUUAUAAAACCAGAAGAAAUAAAAAAACUGGAAAAAAAAAUAAGAGAAUAAUAAAAAAAUGAAUAUGAAAAUCUUAAAAUUACACAUUUAAAAUAAAAAAGAGAAUAAAUAGGAACUAAUUCAUCAGAAUUUCAAAAAUAACUUAAAGAAAAUAAAAAAUUACUUUCAAGUUUAGAAUAAAGAAAAUAAAGAUUUUUAUAAGAUUAAAAAAAUCAAUAACAUGAAGGAAAUUAUAUGAAAAGAUUAUAAGAAUUUAAAAAAUAAUUAAAUAAUGAACAGGGUAAAAAUAAUUGGCUGAAUCAUAAACUAAAAUUCCAAGUAACAGCCGCAAGAGCUUUUUAAGAUAUGGAAACUAAAUAAAAAGUAGUAGAUUUUGAUGUUAAUUAAUAUCAAGAAAGUAGUAAAAUGUAAGAAUUCAGAUAAAUAAAAUAAUAUAUUCCAUAAGAAAAGAAAAGAAAUGAAAUAUUAUCUGUGGAUGAAUUAAUUAAAAUGUCAGAAAAAUGA